AGAGAAAACGGUGGCACCUCAAAGCGGAAGUGGGGGGGGACGCUUUUGGCCAGGGACGGGAAGCUCCUCGGCCUGGGCGCAGAAGCGGGGGGAAGAUGGCGGGGCUGUCGGUGAGGGACCCCGCGGUGGACCGCUCCCUGCGCUCCGUCUUCGUGGGGAAUAUCCCUUAUGAAGCCACAGAGGAACAAUUAAAGGACAUUUUCUCAGAGGUUGGACCCGUUGUCAGCUUCCGGUUGGUCUAUGAUAGAGAGACCGGCAAGCCUAAAGGAUAUGGCUUCUGUGAGUAUCAAGACCAGGAAACAGCUCUCAGUGCCAUGCGGAACUUGAACGGGCGUGAGUUCAGCGGGAGAGCCUUGCGUGUGGACAACGCUGCCAGUGAGAAGAACAAAGAAGAGCUAAAGAGCCUCGGAACCGGUGCUCCCAUCAUCGAAUCACCCUAUGGAGACCCCGUGAACCCUGAAGAUGCUCCUGAGUCCAUCAGCAGGGCAGUGGCCAGCCUUCCACCUGAGCAGAUGUUUGAGCUGAUGAAGCAAAUGAAGCUCUGUGUCCAGAAUAGCCCGCAGGAGGCUCGGAGCAUGCUUCUGCAGAACCCUCAGCUCGCCUACGCCCUGCUGCAGGCCCAAGUUGUGAUGCGGAUUGUUGACCCAGAGAUUGCUUUGAAAAUUUUGCAUCGCCAGACCACCGUUCCUUCUCUGAUUCCAGGAAACCCACAAGCAGGUCCAGGUCCUGGGCCUGGACCCGGGCCUGGACUUGGUCCGAAUGCACCAAUGAACCAGCCAAAUAUGCCCUCCUCCCAGCCACAACCAAUAGGAGGCAUGCACAUCAAUGGAGCCCCACCUCUGAUGCAGCCACCCAUGCAAGGAGGAGUGCCAGCCCCAGGCCAGAUGCCCACUGCAGUACCUGGCCCUGGUCCCUUGGCUCCAGGAGGUGGAAUGCCAGGGGCUGGCCCAAUGCUCUUGGAACGUGGGCAAGUGGACAAUGAGAGAGAGGCUUUCCCCAGUAAUGCUCCAUCAGGGAACCUGCAGCUCUCUCCCGUGGGACCUGCCAGGCCUGCCUCUAUUGAGCGAGUUCAAGUUCCAAUGCCAGACCCCCGGGCCCCCAUGCAGCGUGGUGGACCUAUGCCAGCCAGCGGGCCACCACCCCGAGGCCUUCUGGGAGAUGCCCCAAAUGACCCACGUGGGGGGACCUUGCUCACAGUCACUGGAGAAGAGACCAGAAGUUACCUUGGACCCCCCCACCAGGGGCCACCCAUGCACCACAUGCCCGGCCAUGAUGCCCGAGGGCUGCCCCCACAUGAAAUGAGAGGUGGACCAAUGGGAGACCCCAGGCCCAUGAUGGGAGAGCCAAGAGGGCCCUUGAUGGAUGGCCGAGGUGGACGAGACCCCAGAGGCAUGGAGCCCAGAGGCAUGGAACCUAGAGGGAUGGAUACCAGGGGCAUGGAGCCUCCAAGAGGAAUGGAGCCUCCAAGAGGCAUGGAGCCUCCAAGAGGAAUGGAGCCUCCAAGAGGCAUGGAGCCAAGGGGCAUGGAGCCUCCAAGGGGCAUGGAGCCACCCAGAGGGAUGGAGCCAAGAGGCAUGGAGCCUCCAAGGGGCAUGGAGCCUCCAAGGGGCAUGGAACCUCCAAGGGGCAUGGAACCUCCAAGGGGCAUGGAGCCCAGAGGGAUGGAGCCUCCCAGAGGCAUGGAGCCUCCCAGAGGCAUGGAGCCCCCCAGAGGCAUAGACGCAAGAGGCAUGGAGCCCCCCAGGGGCAUGGAGCCUAGAGGGAUGGAGCCCAGAGGCAUGGACACACGAGGCAUGGAGCCGCCCAGAGGGAUGGAGCCUAGAGGUCCUGGUCCCAGCCCAAGGGUCCCGAUGACUGGGCCUCUUAACAUGGGAACAAGUGGCCCACAAGGGCCACGACAGGUUCCUAAUUUGCCAGGGGCAGCAAUGCAGGCCACAGGGAUGCCGGGCGCAGGCGUACAAGCAGCCACCCAACCUGGGGGGUUCAGUCCCGGCCAGAACCAGGUGACACCUCAGGACCACGAAAAGGCUGCACUCAUUAUGCAGGUCCUCCAGCUGACGGCUGACCAGAUAGCCAUGUUGCCUCCGGAGCAAAGGCAGAGCAUCCUCAUUCUCAAAGAGCAGAUACAGAAGUCCACGGGCGCCCCUUGAUGGGCAUUCUUUGGGCCUGGAGAUCGUCUUACGAAAUUCAGCAUUUGUAGGAUUCAGAACUGAAGGCAGCUUAUUCUAUGCCCUUACCUUGACUGAGCCAGACCUGCAGCAAAGGAGGGGUUUCCUUUUCUCCCGCUCUAAAUGGUUCACUCUUCCUUGUUUUUUGUUUACUUCCUUGUGUUUCAAAUAAAACCCUGUCCUGGAUUUGACUAAAA